ACACCGCGGAGGAAAGGGAGCCGGAGAAGAAGAAGAAGAAACGGCUGCACCAAGAAGUGAAGAAAAUCAAACAUGUCGAGACCUUGGAACUGUAACAAACACUGCCUUGGACAAACAGGCAAAAAACUAGCCACCAGGAUAUAUGAACAUCAACUACCCACAAAAAGACAUGACCCUCUCUCACUAGUAUCCUUACAUACAGAUGAGAAAGGACACCACUUUGACUGGGACAACACAGCCAUCCGAGGACAAGCCAAACAGCAACAAGCAUGAUAAUUCCUAGAAGCAUGGCAUUCCAACUGGAACUCUGUCAACAAAUACAUUGACUUGGAUCCCAUUUACCACCCCUGAGAAAAAUGAACAGGAAAUGACAUCGCAGGAAAUGACAUUACCAACCCAAGGAAACCUAAACACAUCAACAGAAAGCAGGCCAUACCACCAGUGCUCUGUUAGGAGGCUCACUGAUUAUGUUGCCUAGUAUGGUGACAAAACGUCUGAAAACUAACUUUGCAGCUCAGCGAGCAAACCUAUAUCCAGAAUCUCAACCUGAACUACAAAUCUUCUCAAAACUUGCGAAUGUUUCCUUAUGCAUGAAAAGUUAUGAGAAGCCGCCACCAGGAAUGAUUAAGGAAAAUGAUGACAAGCCUGAAGAUUGUAUUCCAGACCUGCCAGGCAAUGAAGAAGCAAGAGAUUUCCUGGCACAUGCUCCUACCAAAGGACUUUGGAUGCCCUUGGGAAAAGAAGUGAAAGUCAUGCAGUGCUGGAGAUGCAAAAAUUUUGGACACAGAACCGGGGAUAGAGAAUGUCCCUAUUUCAUCAGUGGCAAUCAGAAAUUGGAACAGUUCAGAGUAGCACAUGAGGAUCCCAUGUAUGACUUAAUUAGAGAAAACAAACGGUGUGAAAAAGAAACCAGGAUACAACAGCUGAAACAGAUGUUAGAGGACACCACAUCAGACAGUAACAGUUCCAGCUCGUCAGAUUCUGUAGAUAGGCACAAAAAGAAGAAAAAGAGAAGAGAAAAGAAGAGAAAGAAGGAAAAGAAGAAAAAGAAAAAACACAAGUCGAGAAAACCAAGUCAUAGCUCUGACUAAGACAAAAGACUGAAAUAUUUUCUUUUCAGUAAAGAAAUAUUUAUGUUCAUUUGUUUGUUCAUUUUGAGCAGCUUCAGAAAUUUGGUAUUCUCAACAGAAUGGGGCAAAACUGUAGAAAUACACUCAAUACCUGAACUUGACUAAAGUUAACAUGCUUCCUUUCUAACAGUAUACAGGCAUUGAGUUGGAUUUUAUGUGCCCCACUGGGGUGUUCCGGAUAAGUGGAAUGCAUCUGAAACAAAGGUGGUUACUCAGCCUAGCAUCUUCCCAAACACCCUGAGCUCACUUCCAUAAUUUGGUAGAUGGGCUGGCAUUGAAACUGAGAACAAGCACAACACAUUGAAGUAAUUCAGGUAUACAAAUAAUUAUUUGGUAGUUUAGAACUUGAGGACUGCUGAAAAAGCCACAUCUUAUCAACACGUUUUGUUUUGUAUUCAGCGGGGUAAUUCACGUAAUAACAAAGUAAAGGGAAAUACAAAUCUUCAACCAGACUUUAAAGGGAAAUAACCUUUACACAGAAUGAGAGGAGAAUGCUGAUUGGUCAGUAAGUGGACUCUGGUAGAGUUGUUGACAUGGAGAAUGUAUCUUAAUGAUGAUGACUGACAGUUAACUGCUAUGUUUUGUUUUAAUAUCUAUGUUAUUCAACGCAAGUUGACUGAUUGUUCAAAACAUUGCCCUGAGAGAGGGAAAUCACAGUGACUGAUACUUGUUUUGCUGCAUUGAAUUAGGCACAGUAUUUAUCCAUAUUCUGUUUGCAAAAUAUAGUGCCCUGUGAAUCAAUAUUUAUAGCUGUCAGCACAUGUAAAUAGUGCCAUGUUGCAACCCUAGCUGACAAUCUUUAAAUUAAUUGCUAGCAUGAUUCUUUGCACACUUGGGAUUAUGUACCAAAUGCUGUUGAAUUGCAGAAUCAAUUAUUAUAUUGAGUUUUCAAAGUACAAGUUUGUUGGGUACAGUCAACACCUUGCUUUUUGCUAACAGCCAAAGGGAUAUGCUAUUGAUGCAAUUUGCCAGCCUUUGGGACAUAUGGCCACCAUACCCAACAUUAUAACAUUGAAAUUACCCCUAUAAUAUAUUCUCAUUUGUAUGGUAGGUAAAAAGUCAUUUGGCUUGAUGGCAACCUGAGCAGCACUCAUGUUUCCUUUUGCAUAGUACUAAUGUGAAGCAGCUAGCUUCAUCUGUUGAUGAAAUAUUUGAGCUAUCUCAUGCUUCAAGGAUAAUCGUAGACCAGGCAUUUUUCAGGACCAAAAAUGGCAAUCUGAUGUCCCUUCAUAAUUUUGCACCAUAUAUGGUGAAAAAUCUUCUGGUUAUUAGUUAUUAGUUAUUAUCCUAAAGGAUGGUUUUGAUACAUCCCUAUUUCAGCAUCUACCUUGCAUGGUGAGUAAGUGACAGUGUUUAUGAUCUAAGUAUUUCUUGGUCAUUUCCCUAAUAAGUGCCCAGUGAAAAGCUGCAACAAAAAUGAGCCUUUUCUUUCUAGCAAUACUCAACUAUUUGAGUCAAUUGAGCUUGUUACAAUUCCAAUUAACCCCAAUAAUAGAAUACUAGAGAAACUCAGCAGGUCUGGUAGCAUCUGUAGAGAGAAAGUUAGCAUUUCAAGCCUGGUAUGAUAAAUGAAAGAAGUUGGAAUUUUUAAUAAAUAUAAAAAUUUGGUAGAGACAAAGGCCCAGUGCAAAAGACAAAGAAUUAAUUAAGAUGGAGAAAGAGAAAUAGUCGUAAAUGAUAAAUCAAGGUGUGAAAAAGAGGGAAUGAGUCCUCUGUAUUAAGAGCAAAGUAGCAAGAUAUGAAUGAGACAGAAAUGUGGCAAGGGGGGGGAGGGAAUGUAAGAAAAAUGGAGAACAGACAACUGAUUGCAUUAUGUCGUCUUCACUUUUCUUUCAUUCUGCCCCAAAGCCUUUUGUCUCAUACACUGCCUCUGUCAAAAUAAGAAAAUAAAAUUUUCAACACUUGUUUGUUCUGAAGCAGAAUCAUUCUGGAAUGAAACAUUAACUCUGUUUCUCUACCACACCUGCUGAGUUUUCCCAGCAGUAUCUGUUUGAAUUCUAGUAUCUGCAGUAUUUUGCCUUGACCCCAAUAUCAUAUUGCCAUGCAACUGUAAAGUAGGCCUGGGUAGGUGUGUAGCUUUAAUUUGGAGUCCAAGGUAAUCUACCUAGCAGCUCUAGAGGAUGAGAUCUCCUUUCACUGAAGUGCAGAAGUCUCAUUGAGCACUAAUUUAGUCUGCCUCCAGCAUGUUCAGAUUGCAGGACAGGCUUAUUGUCGAUCCUGGAUUAGUGGUGCUGGAAGAGCACAGCAGUUCAGGCAGCAUCCGUUUUUACCUUAUUGUCAAUCCGUCAGUUGUUUGCUGAAUUUCCUUCUGUGAAAGCAAACUCUUUGCAUCGAUGUAACGUUCAAUGAAUUCAUGUUUCUAGCUGUUAUAUACCUGUCUGUUUUGCCAGAUCAAAGACUAGUCUCAGUUGGAAUGUUAUCAUUCUAAAAAUGUUAGCUGAUAACAUUACAGUUAUUUUUUAGUCAAAUACAGCAUAAAUGUAGCUUACAACAAUUGAAAUGCAAAUCUGGCAUAGGAGCACAAUGACAAAUGACAUUCUAAAGCUGUUCUGUUAUGUUGUACUGGAAAGGCAAUGAGAAAAAAAACAAGGUUUUUUUGUGCUGGACAGUGAGGUGUUUUUUUUGCUCGAGUUAUAUGUUAAUCAUAAUUAAUUUACAAGUUUAGAAUCCCUGUGAUUUAUAUUUAUCAAGAAAUUAACUUUUAGGUGACAAAAAUGUUAUGCACGUGCUUUUAAAAGGGCAUAAUUGAAUCAAUGAGAUUGGGUUUAUUUGUGAAUU